AUGGCGCAUCCGCAGACUCUGCCCACCAAGACCAACGGAACCUCCUCCACAAUCUACUCCGUCACGUCCAUUGAAGAGAUCAAGGCCGCAUUAUCAGAACUCAAUCAAAGGGAUGCUGCAGUAACAGCACGCCUAGACGAACUUCUCGCCACCCAAAAAGACGUUACUCGUCAGCUUGGACGCCUGGAUCUUGCACGCGCGCACCUCGGAAGUCAAGUCACCGCAACCAGGACCAUCAGCAAUGACAUCCUUGCGCCGGCGGCAUCGACAGCCCACCGGAUCAGCUCUGCAGUCAAGAAAUUAGAUCGCGAGCAGGCAGCCGUCAAAGCAACGCUAGAGGUCGUUGAACAAGUCGCCGAGCUCAAGGCAUGUGUCCUGGGUGUCCAUGGGUCUAUGGGUGCGCCGCAGGACUGGGAGACAGCUGCUUCUUACCUGCAUCGUGCUUCCAAGCUUCCUGCCGGCGUAAUCGAUGGUGCUUUCGCAGACGAAAUAGUGCCGACUGCUGAAGUGCCUGAUCCGCCCAGACAGACACUCAGCGCUGCUAGCGAGAGUCUGUGCGGUCUCUUCUUGAGAGAAUUCGACAAGGCUGCGAGAGAUGGUGAUGGUGCAGCUGUUACGAGAUUCUUCAAGCUAUUUCCGCUCAUCGACCGACGUGAAGUAGGCCUUGAUGCAUACGGACGAUAUGUGUGUUCCGGCAUUGCGGCCAGAGCACGCACGAACAUGGGCGCUUCACAACGACGUGAAGGUCUGUUCUACGCCAACGCGCUUACGAAACUGUUCGAGCACAUUGCACAAAUCAUCGAUGGUCAUGAGCCGCUUGUCGAGAGACACUAUGGGGUCGGCAGCAUGACCAAAGUCAUAGAGCGUAUCCAAGUCGAAGCAGAUGCGCAAGGUGGCAUCAUCCUCGAUACUUGGGCGGAGGAGCGACGAGUAAGCCGUAAGCUCACAGAUGUCAAGAGCUAUCCCUUCAAUUUCUUGGUCCAGUCUUUCUUGCCUAGUCAGAGGCCUACACUCGGCACUUCGCCCAGGACUGGAUCCCCAGCACCAGGUUCGGGACGCACAAGCGAGGAUGAGGGAGUGGAUAUGAAAGAAGUCGAUGCGUUGUUGAAUGAAACUGCCGUUAUGCUCGGCCGCUGGAGCCUGUAUACACGGUUCUUGGCAAGCAAGUCAGCACCUGGUGUUGAUGACGAGCAUGCGAAGCUGAGCGUGCCAUCGUUCGUUUUGCAUAGUAGGCUCCACAAACGGGUGAACGAGCUGUUGGUCGAGCCAUUCAACACCAUGGCAACCUUCUUCUUCCGCCGAUCUGUUGAGAAGUCCUUCCAGCUAGACGACUGGCCUCACGAUCUAACACUCAAUCCUAACAAACCGCUGGGAUCAAGCCCACCAUUUGUAACGACUGCUGUAGAUGAUGUAAUGUACAUCGUCAACCAGGUCCUCCAGCGCACACUGUCCACUGGGCAGCGCUCGAUCAUUGGCAGUGUCGUACCAAGCGUUGGUCGAGUGCUUGGAUCCGACCUUUUCGGCAUGGUCCAACGGAGAAUGCGAGACGAAUCGUACCCCAAAGCCGCAAUACAAGGAGCCCUACCACCCGAGAAUGUCAUCGUCCAGUUCCUUGUCUUGAUCAACAACCUCGAUAUCGCCACAGAAUAUGUCAAACGAAUCAUCCGAACAUGCUUGAAUCUGCAACAAGACGGCACAAACGGACUCACAGACACCUUCCCUUUCGGCAACGAGGCGACCGCCGUCGAGCGUACACUCCGAAACAUGGAAGCCGGCUUCGAGAUCAAGACCUCCGAGCUCAUCAAUGAAGCCAUUGAAGUCAUGCUCAAACAGGUCAUGCGACCUCGUUUGCGACCAGUGAUGAUUGAGACCUUCCGCGACGUAGACUACAGCUCGGACCCAGACCAUCAAUCCGAGGACACCGACGAACCAGUGAUAGCCGAAGGCGCAGUACCUCAGCGCUUCGAGCGUGGCUGGCAAGCGUUUACACUACCCGUGAAACGGAUCCUGACAUCGUCUACGUACGACAAACUACUCACAGCCACCAUCGCCUACCUCUCCCGCACACUGGAGAAGCGCAUCUGGUCCUACUAUGGCCGUGUCAACGAUCUAGGCGCCGUGCGGCUCGAGCGAGAUAUCGCUGGUGUAGUCAGCGCUGCUGUCAAAGGCGGACGAUACGAGCUUAGAGAUCUGUUUUCGCGUUGUGUGCAGAUGACUUUGAUCAUGAAUAUGGAAGAGGAUGAAUGGCAGGAGGUGGCGAAGCUGGACGGGAGUAAGUUGGAAGCUGAGACGGGCGUGGCGUGGAAGCUGGAGAAGGAAGAGAGGAAGAGGGUGCGUGGUAUAGUCGCUGAUCGAGCUUGA